GCAGCCGUCCUUGAGCAUCGCAAAGACGAUGAGCGGUGAGCCGCCCGCCCGCGCCAGCCGCUGGGUGCGGCGCGCCGCGGCUGUCGAAGCUGCCGGACGAGGAGGGCCCGUGAUCAUCUGGCUGCGACACGAGCUGCGGCUGGCGGACAACCCGCUGCUUCAGCAAGGCUUGCAGCUCUGCGCUGGCGGCAGGGCCUUGCUGUUGGUCUUCUGCCGGGACCCGCGCGAGUUCGGCCCCGCUACCCGCACACAGUUCGGCAGCCAAAAAGUCGGAGACGUGCGCCGGAGGUUUGUGGAGGAGUCGCUGAAAGACUUGGACAAUCAGCUGGUCGAUCGCGGAUCCCGGCUUUGCGUUUUCAACUCGCCACCAGAAGAGGUUUUCCCGGCGCUCUGCGCCGCCACUGGGGCACAGGAAGUCCUGGCUGGGGCGCAGUUUUGCCCAGAGGAGCGGCGUGCGGAAACUGUGACCGCCGCGGCCCUGGCCGCGACUGGGGCCUCCCUGCGCCUGUCCGACCCGGGAGGCAUCACAACGCUGCUGGGCGCCGAGGACCUCCGCCGUGCUGGGCUGCCGGCCACUGAAGCCGAGUUCCCCGAAGACUUCCAAGCCUUCUACCAGCCAGUGCGACCGCUCCUCCAUGCAAUCUGCGAGCAAGGUCUCUGCGAGGCACCGGCAACACUGCCGGGGAUGCCGGAAACGUUACCAGCUGAUCUGCAGCCAUGCAGGCUGGAUGUGGACCAGGAUACCGGUGGAGGUACGAUUACAGGAGGCGAGGCCGCGGCGAACCGCCGUUUGCGGACGUGGAUGGAAUCCGGCAUGUGCAGCUACAAGUAUACAUUCCGGAAGCUCCUCGGUGACUACUCCUCAC